UUAGGUACCGAAGAUAAUCUCAAAACAAACGUGCCACAAAAAAUUAAAUAUUCGACUUAGCUUAGUAUUUAUUAAACAAAAAAAGACUUUUAUAAAUGAAAAAUGGCUGUACGGCCCCAGCGCAUACAUGACGGUGGAAUUGUAGAACGAAGAUUGCGGCCGAUUUACGAUUGGUUGGACAAUGGGAAUAAUAAGAAGGCUUUGCAAGAAGCGGAAAAAGUGCUAAAGAAAAGUCCUACGCUGCAGGCUGCUAGAGCUUUAAAGGCACUUGCGCUAUUAAGGUUAGGCAAGGCUUCCGAAUGCCAUGCAGUUCUUGACGCUCUGGUUGAAGAAAAACCUAGUGACGAUACUACAUUACAAGCUAUGACUAUAUCUUAUAGGGAAUCACACCAGUUACCCAAAGUAUGUGAGAUCUAUGAAGCAGCAGUGAAGGUAGAUCCUACAAAUGAGGAGCUCUACUCCCAUCUAUUCAUGUCAUAUGUUCGCAUCGGAGACCAUAGAUCUCAGCAGAGAACCGCAAUGGCUCUUUAUAAAUUUGCUCCAAAGAAUCCAUACUAUUUUUGGGCUGUUAUGAGCAUUGUUUUGCAGGCAAAGACAGCUGAUGAUAGUACAAAAAGAAACAUUCUUCUGGCCCUUGCUCAACGAAUGGUAGAGAACUUCAUAACUGAGAACAAAAUGGAGGCAGAACAGGAGGCCCGUUUGUAUAUUAUGAUUCUAGAGCUGCAAGAGAAAUGGGGAGAUAUACUGAAGUUUAUUGAGAGCCCUCUCUACUCCCAACUAGUUCCUGGUUCAACGUCUCAAGCAUGUAUACCAUAUUUUAAGAAAAUAGGAGAGUGGAGGAGAUUAAACUUACUGUGCAAAGACUUAUUGUGGGACAACCAAGAUCGGUGGGACUUUUACAUGCCAUAUUUCGAUUCUGUCUUCCAAUUAAUGAAGAAACAGAGUGCAGAGAGUGAAAACUCUGUUGACGACACCCCUGAAAAGUGUCACGAAUUUAUUUGUUCAAUAGUUGAAAGUAUGUCGUCCGGACGAAUGCUACGGGGACCCUAUUUAGCUAGAUUAGAAUUGUGGAAACGUUUGGCACAAGGUGGUGAUCCUACAUCAUUACUAGGCAGUGGUGCAGCCUUAUGUCUUCAGUAUUUAAGAGUAUUUGCUAAUAAAACAUGUGCUGUGCCUGAUCUUAAACCGUAUUUAUCCAUGUUAGCACAGAAAGAGAGAGAAGACCAUAGCCGGGACUUUUUAACUUGUUUAGGAUUUGAUGAGAAUAGUGAACCUGAUAAUACAAAUGACAUCCAACGCCACGUGUCCUGCCUCUCUGCAUGGAGGCUCACCGCUCCAAGUGGUACAGCAGAAGAGAACAUCAACAUAGCAAACCUCUUGCGUCGCCAUUACUUGCGGUGCUUGGAAAAGGGGCUUGUUACAGCCACUCUCACCGAAUUCUGUGCUGCUGAUAGCUAUGGGACGUUGGCUGCUCAUCAUUAUUUCUAUGCUGCCGUUGAACAGGAGAAUCCAGCACCCAUUAUAGAGGCACUGAAUCUUUUGGAAUUAGUGCUACAUCAUUCUCCAGCCAACUUUCACGCUAAAUUGUUGCUCAUAUCUUUGUACCAUAUAUUAGGUAACGCGUUAGCAGCGGACUCGAUAUACAACAAGCUAGAGGUGAAGCACAUCCAGCUGGUGUCGCUGGGCUGGCUGCACGCGGCGCGCCUCGCCCCCGCGCUGGCGCCGGCGCGCGCGCUGCGCCUGCUCGCCGACACGUGCGCCUUCCACAAGCACCACGCCAAGGACAGCGUGGAGCAAGUGACGUACGCGUACAAGUUCGGAACGUUCGAGAAGGUAGCGGAGGUGUGGGCGUGGGGCGCGCGCGUGGAGGCGUGCGCGUGGUGCGCGGCGUGCGGCCGCGACCGCGCGCUGCUGGCGCUGCUCGCCGGCCCGCAGCCGCUGCAGCCGUUGCACCGCUUGCCGCACGCGCCGACCGACAACCGCGACCUGAACGCGAUAGUGAGCUGGUGCGGCGCGGAGGCGGAGCGGGAGCAGCGGAAGGCGCGCUCGUUCGAGCGAGACGUAGCCUAUCUGCGGCUUAAGGACGGCCUCCUGUCCGCCAUCGCGUUAUGUAUAGAAUGCGCCGACAACCGCAGCGUCGAUGAAAAGAGCAGUCAAUUCGAGGAAUUGCGCGUUUGUAUCGCGGCGUUCGGCGACGCGCUCGACACGUGUCGCGGCGUUUACGGCGCGCGCGACCCGCUCAGUGUGUGCGCACCCUUACCAUCACGAAUUAUAGCGUUGGUAACGUCGCCGGUGCCGUACCGGGAGCUGUACACGAGCGCGCUGGGCGUGGUGUGCGAGGUGUGCGGCGGGCGGCACGCGCGCGCGCACGCGGCCGCCGAGCGGGCCGGCCGCGCGCUCGCCGCGUCGCGGGGCCACCUCGCGGCGCACGCGCGCCCCGACCUCUGGCGCAACCGGGACGCGCUCGAAUUCUAUUCCAACUACUUGGAGUUCAUAGGCGUCAUCACGUUCUUACUGGGCGUGUGUAACGAGUUCGUUGCGCCCGCGAACGCGAAGAAAAGCAAGAAGAAAACGAGCCAGUCGCCAGAGCAGAUCAAAACCAUCGAAAUGCUGAACCAACUCAACGACCAAGUACAACAAACGAUCGCCCAACUAGAAGACAUCUUCGAAAAUUGGCCCAAAUUCGAAUACGACACCUCGUUGGAGGACGAAUUCGCAAAACUGAACAUAACCAACAAAUAUCAGAGCCCCGUCGAGCAAAAGUUAAAGAGCGGCAUGGAUGACGUGCUUGCGGACGUGAAAAAUAUUUUAAAGAAAAAAGCGAAAUACCUGAAGAGUUUGCAAUAGUGGCCUUACGUGUUGUGCAUAAUGUUAUUUUCAUAAUACAUAUCUCGUCAAUACUCCGUUUGGGCUAGUGUCAUAAAGGUUAUUUUGCAUCUCGCUCUAACCCUACCCGUGGUAGCGAGUGCGAGCGAGACAAGUACAUACGCUUUAACAAUGUGUUAUCAACGAGUCAUUAUUGAUGUUUGCAUUUCGUUUUAAUGGAAACUUAUUUAUGUAAAUUUAUAAAUAGAGUAUGAUAUUCAUAGGUGUACUUAUACAAUUUAAUAAAACUGGAACCUCAAAA